AUGGUGGCCGCACUGGUGGCAAUGGCUCUAGCAGCAAGCACACCGACGUCGAGCAACCCGACGGCGAGCAUGCCGGUGGCGGACAAAAUCUACGUCAGCUCGGAGAAUGUUGCUUUGGAGGAGAGCAUGCGUGGCCUGUAUGAGCGCUGGUACGCACUCUACAGGCACGAUAGCGACUCCAACGACAAGGAGAAGCGGUUCGCCAUCUUCAAGGAGGAGGCGCGCGCGAUAUACAAGCUGAAUGAGGGUGGCGCACACGUGAAACAUCAUCUGAACUUGUUCGCUGACAUGACACAAGAUGAGUAUGCCGAAUCAUUCUCCAACUGCUCCCCCCUCGAGAUCCAACCCCGCGGCGAGAUCAUGCUCAACCUUCACCAGCCCAGCCAGUACUACCCUGAUAAACUACCACUCACCGUCGACUGGCGGACCGUGGAUGGCGUUCUCACCAGCGUGAAGAAACAGGGGAAAUGCGGAAGCUGCUGGGCUAUUACUGCCGCCGGGGCGAUGGAGAGCAUCCACUUCAUCAAGAACAAGAAGCGCACUAACCUGUCGAUUCAAGAACUAGUUGACUGCAGCUCCGGGAACAAUGGUUGCAAUGGCAGCUCGGCUUUCAGGGCCUUCGAAUACGUCAUCGAAAAGCAUGGCAUCCAUUCAUCGGAGCAAUACCCGUAUGUGGGAAAUGGGUCGCACUGCAUCACUCCCCUGGGAUCUCCCGUCAUGUACAUCAAGAGCUAUAAAUAUGUGCAUGAACGUAACGAGAAGAUGCUCAUGGACGCGGUGUCCCAACGGCCCGUCGUGGUUCCUAUUGUGGGACUCAACACCACCUGGUUUAGGCGCUACAGUGGUGGCAUCUUCAGAGGCCCCUGCAAGGGUGAGGACGGCCACCAAGUCCUGCUUGUGGGCUACGGCACAACACCAAGUGAUGAUGCCAACUAUCCCAGCGUCAAGUAUUGGGUGGUCAAGAACUCAUGGGGGGAGUCGUGGGGAGAAAGGGGCUACAUGCGCAUCAAGCGCGGUCGUGAGGCUGACGGUGGCCUUUGCGGCAUUAUGCUGCGGCGCGCACUGUACCCAGUACAUCCAAAAAUAGUUCAAUGA